AUGAUAUUUUACCCUUUAUUUCGGCACCUUACCACUUUGAAAUCAAAGUUUAUUAGGUUAAGUUCGACUGCAUUUGUGCCGGAUAUUGAUACAAAUUAUUAUUGUAAUACUGAAAAUGCUAUGGAAAUAGGUAACAAUAUAAAAUUAAGAAAGGGAGUAGGGGAUAUUAAACUUGUUAUGGAAAUGUAUAAAGUACUAAAAACUACUCCAAUCACCGAUGCAUCCUAUGAAACUGUACGAGACAAAUUGUACAAAGAAUUAAGUUGCUUGCCAAAUAAGACACAUCCUUCAGUCUUGAAAAAUCUUGAACCAAAUGUUGUACGAGAAAUAAACCAAAAAAGAGAUUUCCAAGAACACACUCCACUGGAAUUUAGUGAAAUAACAAGGCGGCUUAACUUAGUGAGGACUGACAAGUUAGGGAACACAUGUGGACACAAGAGCUAUUAUUUUCUUGGAGAACUUGCUGAGCUAGAGGAGGCUUUAAUUAAAUAUACUGUAAACAAGCUUCUUCAGGAAAACUUCAAACUGGUUUCAGUGCCAGAUAUUCUACCUAGUCACGUCCUGAAGAGCUGUGGAAUGACAGUAAACAAUGAUAGAACACAGAUAUAUUCUUUAGAUCCAGUCCACCAUGGGCCAGAUUUAUAUUUAUCAGGUACGGCCGAAAUGUCUUUAGCAGGACUGUUGAUGAAUACAAAGCACUCUGAAAAGGAUUUACCUAUGAAACUGGCCGCAGUGAGCAGAUGUUUUAGGGCUGAAACUUCUAAUGUUAUAGAAGAAAGAGGAAUUUACAGAGUACAUCAAUUCACCAAAGUAGAAAUGUUUGCAGUCACCACUCCAAGUCAGUCAGAAAGUAUGCUUGAGUACUUGAGAACAAUACAAGAGGAAUUGUUUUCUCCUUUAGGAUUCAGUAUGAAAGUCCUCGACAUGCCUCCACAUGAGUUAGGUGCUCCUGCUUAUAGAAAAUAUGACAUAGAAGCAUGGAUGCCAGGCCGAAAAAAUUAUGGCGAAAUAUCUAGUUGCAGUAACUGUACUGAUUAUCAGGCAAGAAGGUUGCACAUCAAAUUUAUUCACAAUGGUGUAGAUGACUAUGCACAUACACUGAAUGGUACUGCUUGUGCAGUGCCAAGGAUGCUGAUAGCUUUACUAGAAACCCAUCAAGAUCCUAAAGGAAAAAUCUACAUACCUGAAGUAUUACAGCCCUACAUGAAUGGAAGAAAGUACAUAGUUAAAAACAAUAGUGUACCUGAACUAAAGCUUAUGAAAAUAAAAAGAUAA